AUGCACGCCGAAGAUUUAGAUGUUGAAGUUAUUGAGACACCUCGACGAGAAGCGGAAGUUAUUGUAACAGUAACUCCACCUCCAGAACAAGAUGAAGUAGAUAUAGUAGAUAAGACUAAGAGAAAUUAUUUAGCGGACGACGUUAAUCUUGAUGAGGAUGCAGCUCCUCCUACGACUUCUAGCACGACGAGGAAAACUAGCAUGUGCAAGAACAGCACAGGCAGUGAUAUUAGCAGUCUCUUGAUCGAAGACAACGAGGACACACCUUUCCUCCAAGAGGGUGAUGAUCUUCGCUGUGCUAGUGCUCUCUUGAUGCAAAAAGACCACGCCCUGCCUUUCCAACAAGUAGACGGUCUCACUGCUCAUCAAGCAGAGGUAGACGAGGAGACUCUUGGUCCGCUUGUGCCUCUUCUGAUCCCUCAACAAGAGGAAGAAGAUCUGCUCACUGCGCUUCCGGAGGGUCCCACGAUGCCGGAGGAACCCCCUCCCCCUCCUCUUCAUGUGCAUCUUUCCAAGGCUCGCUCAAAAACAACUACAACCUCCUCCCACAACAUAACAUCUUCAUCGACAUCAGGGCGUUUGUCGGAGCAGCGUGCCGAGAGCGCGGGAGAGGGAGUUCAAGGCAGUGUGAGCGAGGACACAGACCGGUUUUUCGGUCUUUUUAAGGAAGGUCGCUCUGACUGGGAUGCGAACCGACAAGGGAUCAUGGAAGCCCAACUAUCUAUGAUGGGCUGGACCGCAGCAGCGUCUUCAACCUCAAACAGAAAAAACAACACUGUAGUAGGAAAGACCAAUGUAGGCCUAGGAGGAGCAGGCGGCGGAGGAGCAGCAGCAGGUAGUGCCUCUCCUCAAUCAUCGUCGAAAAAAAACAGCAAAGAAGACAACACAAAUACUUCAAGCGGUAGUGCUAGUGGUGCCUUGAAAGAAAGCAAUAAAGACUCUUCAUCACCUGCUAAAGAAAAACGAGGUAGGAAAGAUUCAGAGGCGUCUUCACGAAUGGCUGAUAAAUUCGUAAUGCGAGUCGAAGAAUACGAUAGACCCACAAAGGAUGAAGAAGCAGCUGGUGACGGUGCUGUUGAGGCGAAAAAGGAGAAAGAAGCUUCUACGUCUAACGCUCUAGCUUCAACUGAGUCAACAUCCACGAACAAGAGCGCUAGUACUACAGACGCCAAAGAUGCCAAGGAGAAAUCUUCUGAAGAAAAUAUAGCAUCAACUACAAGUAGUAGCGGAGACGCAGAUAAAAAAGACAAAGCAGCAGCUGCUCAACCAACUUCUACAACACUAGAGAAAACGAAUUCACAUCCUGCAGUACCAGCAUCUUCAGGCAACAAUGUUGACACAGCAGAUACGAGAACAAGUACUGGGAAUAGUGUUGUGGCUUCGAAUUUAUCAACCGCCCUGUCCGUCGAAAGUGAAGCCGCACCUGACUUCCAAAUGCCUGUGAGGACAGUUGGUCAAAAUGCAAGUACUUCUCAUGGAGAGUCUGGCUCGGGAUCAGGAGGUUCCCCGAUAGUCCUGCUUCCGCGCGCACCCACUGGGGACGACCGUGAACCCACAUCCUCGACUUCGAAUUCACCACAUCCGCGAAGUGGUUCUUCUUCCUCAGGUAAAAACAAAGUGUGGGGAAGCACUUCAUCAACCUCUAGUCAACAGCGCGACGUUGUUACGAGUCACACGGUUUUGAACGUUGUUGGCAUGAGAAAUGCUGCUAAAAAUGGUGAAGAGGAUGAACAAGACAACAAUAUUGAUGCCGCUUCACCACAGUCUCCGGAGCAAGUCCAGUUGCUAGAUCGAGUGGAUUCCGGCUCCGCUGCUUCGCCACCGCACACAAGAGGUCGCGACCCCUACAAUCGCAGUCUAGAUGACGUUGAGGACGAUGAUUAUCGGGAUAAGAAAUCAAUUAAGGGUAGGGUAAAGGUGCUUUUGUUCCCGCUUUUUAUGCCUUAUUUCCUAAGGUGGGAGAAAGGCAGAAAAAGCAGGGUCCACGAGCACCAAGACCCUACCUCUAAAUCAAGAGACGCGAACAAUACGAGUGGAGGUUCGGAUACUAGUCUUCUGGGUGCAAACGACAGAAGAGAAAAGUGGUCUAGCGGUGAUCGUCCUGAAGACGAGUCGUCUUCAACUUUCUCUGAAGACGAUCCAACGACGGACGAAGAAAGAACAUCAAACUUGCCGCCUGGACAAGAAGCCAAUGGUAUUAUAUAACUAGGGAAAUUAUAAGACAUUCCUCCAGGUCCAUAUAACUAGGGAAAUUAUAAGAGAUUCUUCCAGGAGGUACUUUGGGUAAAAAUGGUAAGCUAUGGUGCCUUACUGACAAGAAUAGAAUUGGAUUUGAAUUUACAUUAACAGGCAGCAAAUUAAUCGACUUUCUACUUUGUUCUUUCUCUCAUCUUGCUUCACUCAAUCUCAAACAAUCAUCCAUUACAUCCAGGUGAAAUACCUCCGCUUUAUCAUCUUUAUAUGCGAGACCCCGUCUUCAAUCCAGAGAAUAGCAAAGCCCUGGCUGCAACGGUACUUUCACCAUUUUUUGCUGUAAAAGAUAGAGAUAGAGAAGUAGUGAUGUUUAUCAGAAGAAAAAUUGAGAAUUGUGGUCUUUGAUGAUCCAGUAGGUAGUAAUUUCGAGUAAGUACGUAGGUAAUAGCAUCACAAUUGCUGAUCCAGACAUGAAAUCAGAACUCAUCCUGUACUACAUCCACACCCGCUCAACUACAGACCGCUGCCGCACAACCUGUGGGUCGCAAGGAGCCGCAAAGCGGUUACGACCGGCUGACCGGUUUAGAUUUCAAUAAUCCUGUCGGAGCGAAUUUCGAGCGCACGAAACGCGAACAGGAACGAGUAGAAAAAGAGAAGCAGGAGGUUGGCACUAUGAGUCUCGAGACCAUGGCCGAGCUGUUGGAUUACGGCGUCUCUUACCAGAAGUGGCUCAAGGGUCGGAUGGAUGCAGCCAGUCAUGAUCGAGAUACCGCUGGAAGGGGUCAAGGUGCUGCAGCAGAUCUUUUGCGAGGAGGAGCUGGACAUUAUGGCUCACAGUAGAAAUUCAUCUUAACAAGCAGCAUCUACUUGGAAGGAUUUUGUGAGACGAGAAAAUACCUACCAAGAUGCUCUGCAAGAAGAUGAACAUUUAAGUAUAGUUGCGUCUAAGGACCACAGCUAGGAGUUGGGCCACCAUCGUCGACUGCGGCGCAGCAACAGCAAUUGUUGAGACAACGGCAGCAACUGCUAGCAGCAGCGCGAGGCGCAGGCGCCGGGUCUUUGAUGGAUCUGCAUCAGCAGCAGUUGAUUGCGGCAGCCGCAGCAAGAGGCGAUCCAAUAGCUCUAGCGGCUUUAAGUGCGUUCCCAGGUGGUUCUAAAGGUGCGACGGCUGUUGCGCCGAUGCUGCCAGCCGGAAAGGGCACAUUGCACCCACGCGCCGCCGCCGCAGCCAGAUUGCUGCAGCAGCAGCAGCAGCAGCAGGGGGCCUAUGCUCAGUUCUAUCCGCCGCCGAUGCAGCAAGGGGUUUCGCCAGGAGGCGCGUACGCACGACCAGGUCUCGCUCCAGGAGGUGCAACAGCAGGUGGGCCAGCUCUACGACCCUUCUCUCCGCAGGAAGAAGCGGAGAAGGAGCUCCAGAUGCUUAGAAAAGGCAGAGGAGGCGCGCAGAUCGUGAAUGUCCACAAGCAGCACCGCAUGGGCCUCCAAGUGCCUCAACUCGCAGGCGGCUUUCAUACUGGAGCAGGGUCGAGGCAGAACAGCGCCUCGGUUUCUCCGCGUGACCGCAGUCGCACGCCCAAGGGCUCGGAACGAAGGCGACUCGGAAAUCCAGCGACCACUACGGUGUUGCAUGCAGGUGAGGUCUACACGCCAACGAAGGCAGCGCAACAAGUAACGCCGAGGACUAACGUCUUGCCCCCACCAGGAUUGUUAGGUCAAGCGACAGCAUCGUCUUCUAGUAAACUACCUGAGGCGGGUGCUGCUUCUCAACCACUUCCUGGAGCAUCAAUAAGUGCAAGUGGAGCUGCCAGUUCUAGUACCCAAAGUCCCAGUGGCCGCCUGGCCAAGACUGCAGCGCAGAUGGAAGCGCAUUUAGAACCUCACAUGGAACCCAUAGCACGUGCGCCACCUCAGAACCAACAGCAGGAGAAGCUGCGCAACCUAGUGAUGUCAGAGAGACAACGCGCAGAGCAGAUGAAUGGCACAGUUGCAGGUCGUGCUGCGAGCGCAGCAACUUCGAGCGCAGCAACGACCAGACCUUCACCAGGCAUGGUUAAAGUCGGAAGCUCUGCAUCUUCCUCCUCUUCCUCCAUACAGCCUCCUCCUGUUGCUUCUUCACAGCAGAAUCCUAUGACGGGACCGCAACAAGCUCACAACGGGACUAGUACAACUAGAGCACCAGG